AGAGUCAGAAAAUGUUUUAGUGCCGACAGAGAAUGAACACAGAAUGGCUCCACUGGAAGUCAUCUUUGUUGUUGGACUCCUGUUUGAAGUGAGUACUUGUCAAAAAGAGAUUUACAGCCACUUCCAUCAAGAUGUCACCUUACACUGUGACAGUCAGUAUCAACCUCUACAAUGCUCCAGGAUUUCAUGGCUUUAUAACAGAGAUUCAUCAGAGACUUUAGGUGAGGCAAUUAAAGGAACGGUGAAGAAGACGUCACGCCGAGCUAACCGGCUGAGAUUGGGCACCGACUGUUCUUUGGUCAUUAAAAAUGUCUCUGCUGAGGAUGUUGGACUCUACAUGUGUCGACUUGAUGAUACUACUACUUUUGAUGUCCGCAUGUAUUUAAGUCUUUUUAAAGUCUCUCCAGAACCAGCAGACUUUGAUCCAAAGAGGGACGAUGAACUGAGCUUGGAGUGCUCUUUGAUGAGAUACAGAGGUCUCCCCAGCUGUCCAUCAAACCCUCUCCACUGGGUGGAUGAGACAGGAGCUACAAUAACUGAAGGUGUUGAAAGGAAUUCUAGAGGUACAGACUGUUUGUCUUAUCUGAAAGUGAAGCGUCAAAGUGGAAACAACAAGAAAUUCACCUGCCAGGUCCUUAACAAGGAGAACAUUGUGGAGAUAGAGGCUGACUACACACCUUUUUUGAAAGAUUCCAUACCAGAUCCCACACAAGAUCCUGGUGUUGGUCCUGGUUCUGAUGCUGGUCCCAGUGAGUCCUCAAUUCUCAAAGCCAGGUUCAUCGUUGUCUCUGUGGGUUUAUCAGCUCUCAUCAUAACUGUUGUGACCGUCAACAUAUGGACAAGAACUAAAGGGAAACAAUCACAGAGGAAUGAUAAGGUGGUGGAUGAGGAUGAUGAAGAUGAGACAGUGAACUAUGAAAACAUCAGAGCUUCUGCAGAGGAUUGACCAACACUUGUGUCUCUGUCAGACUACACAGAUCAACAACAUCAUGAUCAGAGGAGUUCAUGUCAUCUUUCCUCGACAAGAAGGAGAACCUCCCUAAUCCUGUCACUAACUCUUGUAUUGAAGAUCUUGGUUUUCCCUUGAAAAAGGAGCCUAAAUAUGAUCAAAUGUAAAUGAACUGAAAAUGAGCAGACAUGUAUAAAUGUAGGCUUCAGUCUGAAACUAAGGAUGCACAUCACUCCAUCAGAUUCCCUUUAUAGACAUGAAUGUAUGUGUUUAAUAUUUAACCUGAUUUUCCCUCUGUACAGGGAGGAAGAAGAGGUUUGACUUCCACAAGGUGUCUGCAGGCUCCAGUUUACUGUCAACGUGUAUUUUUAUCUGCUCUCUUUUAUAUAAAUAGGUCUAUUUUUCUAAGAAUAAUAGUGUUAAUAUUUGUGCUUUUCUGGAGGAUUUAAAGCUGUAAUCAUAUAUUAGAUAUCAUGUUUGCUCAUUUAUAUUUUCAUAUAUAAAAUAAAAUGAUAGAGCAGGCACCUGAUGCCUAAAUAAGAGUUCACUUCUUCCCAUUUCUUUCAGACCUGCUAAUAAACUUUAUCUUUCUGCUGACAGU